UCAUUCAUGAUGCGCUCGCUGGGCUUUCUGGGAGAUUUAUGGUCACCAUAGCAACGUUUGUUGCUAAUCGUGUCACACAUUCCUGAAGACAUUCUAAAGUUGUGCGGAACUGAUUCUUCGAAUAGUAAACAUCAAAACCUUCCUGUUUUACCCUCCAAAACAGGACAACUAACUCUUCAAAAUGGUGCGAGAGUUGAAUAUGGAUACACAGAGGCAGAAUUUCUGGAAGGAAUCGAUAAACAAAGAAGCAAUGGUCAGACUUGCUUGGCACAAUCGAUACUCAAAAGAGUUCGCUCGCUCGACGUUUGUUGCUAAACCACGGCAGCAAGGACUGACAAUCCAAUCUCCAGGAACCCACAAAGUUUCUGACACGAAAAAAGGAACUAAAGGCCUCCAAGCCUCGACUAAAGAGAAGUUUGAAGAAGCAGCGAAGAAAAAUCCCGAAGCGCUUCUUGUUGAAAUGCGACCCGUCUCUACGAAUACAAAAGCAUUACUCUACAAGGGAUUCAGCGCACUCGGCGAGGGACGCUACCAGUAUCUACAACAAAGAAAACUUAAGAAACCCGAAGACAAAUAUGAAUUUCCCAUCACAAGCGCUUGGGAAGUUGGCUGGAAAAUCAAUGAAUAUGUCCCAAACCUUCGUGGCGAGCAAUUCGGCAGAACGAAGGUCAUUCGCGACUCUUUCUACAGACCCAAUGGUAUUUUCUACCACUAAAUACAGCAAAAGUACUUCUUAUCUCAGCAAGGAAACUCUGUUCUCUACAAAUGAGCGAACAAUUAGUAUGCCUGGUUGUAAUGUGGAUUUAAACGCGAGUAUGUUUAUGCUAAGUAUUACCAUGAUUAGCGCCCUGUGUGACAAUUUCGACAAGACGGCUUAGCAGGAGACAUGGCUUGUUUACAACUUUUAUUAUUGAUAAUUUUAUAGCAAGAAAGUGUUGCAUAUUAAAAACCAUAACUUUUGUUGUUAUGGUUACUUCUAAAUCAGAGUCAAUAACACAUGGAACAUUAUUCAGACACCGUGAAGAUAAGUUUGGCUUGAAGUCUUCCGUUCUAGCGUUCUGUGCAUGACAUCUAUCAAUCCGUAAUCUACUUUGCCAAGAMUUAAUAUUUUCCUACAGAAUACGUUUUGAAAAGAUUGAGCAGAAAGCUAAGAUCGACGGAUUCCUUGGCAAACUUGUGUUGACAAACUUUUAUGAAUUAUAAAACAAUUGCCAUCAAUAAAUGAAAAUCCUUUCAAACAAUAGAACCUUUUAUGCUUUUGUUUCAAAACCAGGUGUAAUUGAACUUUUUUUUUCUCGAUACAUUAUAAUUAUUCGCUCUGGCGUCUGCUGUUCUCUACAGAGCUUUAUAACAUGUUAUAAAGUGCUCUUUUAAAGUGCUCAAGUAAAUAGAACUGUACGAAACACGUAGUCUAUCCUGCGAGAAGAGUCUUGCCUAAAUGAGUUUUAAGGACUUUGUACACGAAAAUCAGUAGAGAGGGACAAAUGUCCAUCGUACUUCGAGGCUGCGUUUCGCGUCUGGUAUUGAAACAGAGAAGCAACUUUUUUGCCACGUUUACGGCAAAGGCAAAAUGACCACCCUAUCUAUAUAGGUCCGUUUAUACUGUGCAGUUUUCUCAACUUGUCUUGUAACUCCGUCAAAAAACUAGGCAAGAAUUUUAAUUCUUAAAAGAAGGCGGAAUGAGAAACUAAUUUUCAGAUAAAUGAAAGAAAGAUUUUCGCAGCGCUAUCGGUUUGUCUUCUUGAGUUUUGAGCAUUUUGUGAAGCCAAGAGUGUGCCAAAAAUAGAGCAUACAAACUCAAAACCGUACGCAAUUUGUUGAAUUUAUUGAUAAAAUAUGCAGUUAUUGAACUGCUGGUUGUCGUAUUUUGCGCGUUUAAUUUAAUUUUGCACUAUCACAUUUUAGUACAAUACAAACUAUUCUGGUAACAAGA